GUGAAUGUUGUACAAGACUAGUGAUGUGCUUGUCUAUCUCCAUGAUUGUGAUGUUAUAAAUAACUAUAUUGUUAACUUGUAUGACUGUGUUGUUCAUGUAUAUAUAUAUAUAUACAAUGUUUUUUCUAAAAUUCACUUUACAUUACUUACAUACGGUAGUAUCUAACAAAAGCAGAUGUUUUUUGAAUCACUGUCACAACUGCCUGCUCAAAAAACUUUACUGUUAAUAUUAUUCAUCCAUGUUUAUUUUUAAUUAAAUGUACUGUUUUCAUGCCUUCUUUUGCUCAGUAGAAAACACUAUCUCCAUUGCCCUUUAAUCUGCACUAAUUUUAUCUGGAGAGUUUGUACUCAAUCUUGCCAGGUCGUUGUCACUAUUUAAAUGUUACAGUUUCCAUUUAUUAGUAGAAAACUAUUAUUCCAGGCAAUACUAUAACUAACAAACUGUAUUAACUAAGUAUUCGUACAUUUAAUAUAUCAAUACGCUGGAUGGCUGCUUGCCAAGUACAGGGACAAUCUUUCUUAUUGUAACAUGAUAUAUUAUUUAUCACUAUCAGUUCAAACUGUGCAAUAAGAUCAUUUCUAAGAAAUAGAUUGAAUACUACUGUUUUCCCCAUGACUCUCAACUUAUCAUUUAAACUAUUAAACUAAUCUUCUGUGCCUUUGUUUGUCUUAGCAGUGUGGUCAUUUCUAUGCAGUAAAAAACUUCUUUACGUUUAAAUGAAACCAAAUUUAAAUAAAGAAUAAACGGAUCAAUAUGUUAAAAUAUCUUUGACCCUGAGUUUUUUAAGCUCUUUAAAGAAUUGCUGCCUCUACCUAAGUCUAUUUCACCCAUGUUAGACAACUGCUAUUUCUAUAUUUACUAUUGUUAUUAUUAAUAAUUAAUUAUAUAUAAAUUUCUUGUAUCACUUAUUACUUUGGUGUUAUAGAACAAAGUUUAAAGUCUUGCUGCAAGACAUUGUAAUAACAUUAAACAUGAGUGACAAAAAGCUAACGAAGGAAGAAAUUGUGGAAGGCUUCAAUAAACUAAGGCAGGAGCAACGAACAUUGGCAACCAGGAUUGCUCAAAUGGAGUCUGAUAAAGGGGAACAUGGUCUUGUAAUAGAAGCAUUGGAACAGGUGAAUGGUGAUCGAAAAUGUUAUCGACUAGUUCAUGGGGUGCUAGUUGAACGAACUGUUAAGGAGGUACUACCCGCACUCAGCCAAAACAAGGAACAAAUAACAAGCUAUGUUGAAAUGCUCACUAAACAACUUGUUGACAAAGGCAAAGCGUUGAAUGCCUAUCGUGUCAAACAUAAUGUUUCUGUACGUGGUGAAAAUGGUGACGGCGAAAAACCUAAAUCCGAAGAAAAUUCAAAUUCCAAAUCUGCGUCUGGAGUUUUGGUUUCAAAUUAAUCGAACGCAUGUUUAUUUUGUGUGUUUUUUUGUUAUGUCAUUGUUGCAUUCUUCUGCACACGCUUUGUUCCAUUUAAAAAAAACACUUCAAAUCGUUGCAAAUUUUUAUAUUCAACAGGGGUUCAAAUUUCAUAUGUUCAUUUCUACUCGAAAAAUAUUAUUCCUAUGAAGUGUUAUAGAUGCGGAUGCCGGAUAAAACUAGUUCUGUAUUAGACUGGCUUUUAAAACUACUUCUGAGAAUGAGUUUUGCAAAUGAAAAUACAUUUAUUUUGAAAAUGUG